CCACCUCAUUCCUAGGGACUACGAAGGAACCAGAUGAGAGUAAAGACAAGUUGGGAACAGAGUCCUGGUCGCCAGAUGCAUGCGGAUGAACAUACAGUGAGAUGAGUCAGAAAAUGGCCAAGGAGGGCCCCAGGCUCUCCAAGAACCAGAAGUUUUCGGAGCACUUCAGCAUCCAUUGUUGCCCGCCCUUCACCUUCCUCAACUCCAAGCGUGAGAUCGUGGACCGCAAGUACAGCAUCUGCAAGAGCGGCUGCUUCUACCAGAAGAAGGAGGAGGAUUGGAUCUGCUGUGCGUGCCAGAAGACCAGCCGCCGUGCCAGGUCCCCUCAGAGGCCCAAGCACCAGCCAGCCGCAUCCCCCGUGGUGGUCAGAGCGCCGCCAGCCAAGCCAAAGUCCCCUCCGAGGCCAGCCAAGCCAAGGUCCCCUUCGAGGACUGAGCGCCAGCCGCGUCCCCGCCCAGAGGUCCGACCACCACCAGCCAAGCAGAAGCCCCCUCAGAAGUCCAAGCAACCAGCACGCAGCAGCCCCAUCAGAGGGCCAGGCACCAGCCGUGGGGGGUCUCCCAUCAGAGCUUCUAGGUUCUGAUUGAAAAGGAGGAGCAGGUCAACCCCGAGAAAAAAGUGACGGAGAAGGGAUUUCCCGUGAAUGGACAGCCUCCUCCCUCC